AUGUGGUCAAGAAACUUUAUACCGGAUUAUGGGAUUAAAUUGCUAUCAUUCGGCCUGCUGCUAACAACGCUGUCCGCUGAAAUCCAUAGUGUCGAUGGUUUUGUCUCCUGUUCACCAUCGCCGUGUAAAAACGGCGGGACCUGUCUCUCAACUUCGCGAGGAGAGUACUUCUGCAAUUGCACGUCUCGUUACGCCGGCGAGUUCUGCCAGCAUCUGAACCCUUGCCACAGUGAAUCAAGCCCUCGCUGUCAGAAUGGUGGUUCAUGCAGGGUUCGACCGGGCGUCGGUGGCGCUCCGCCCUCGUUCGCCUGUGAUUGUCCAUUGGGAUUCAGUGCAUCAUUGUGCGAGAUACGUGUACCGGCCGCUUGUGAUUCCGCGCCCUGUCUGAACGGUGCGACGUGUCGACUGACGUCAUUGUUCACUUAUGAAUGUGACUGCCCUCCAGGCUAUACAGGCGAAGAAUGCUCCCAUGAAGACCACUGCGCGUCCCAGCCUUGCAGGAAUGGCGGAAGAUGUGUAGCUGAUAACACGACUGCCGCGGGUUACUCCUGUGCUUGCCCACCAGGAUUCACUGGCUCUAGAUGCACCGAAGACGUCUUCGAAUGCUCCAGCGGUUCCGGGCCUUGUCAUCAUGGCAGAUGCUUCAAUACCCUGGGAUCAUACACCUGUGUUUGCGAGCCAGGGUACACAGGCAGAGACUGUGACACAGAGUAUGUACCCUGUGAACCAUCUCCCUGUCUCCAUGGAGGAAGAUGCACGCAAAUGGAUCAGUUGCGUUACGAAUGCGAUUGUCCUGCUGGUUACCGCGGUCAGAACUGCGAGAUUGACAUCGAUGACUGUCCGGGACAUUUGUGUCAGAACGGCGCCACUUGUGUCGACGGUCUCAACUCCUACACCUGCGAGUGUCCGCCGACAUUCAGCGGGAAGUUCUGCGAAACUGAUGUAGAUGAAUGCGCCUUGAGACCUCUAGUUUGUCAGAACGGAGCAACAUGUACGAAUUCCGUCGGAGGAUUUUCAUGCAUAUGUGUGAAUGGUUGGACUGGUCCAGAAUGUUCUGUAAAUAUCGAUGAUUGUGCUGGAGCAGCCUGCUUCAAUGGCGCUACAUGUAUAGACCGUGUUGGAGCCUUCUACUGCAAGUGUACUCCAGGGAAAACUGGCCUUCUUUGUCACCUCGAUGAUGCGUGCACCUCCAACCCUUGUCACGCGGAUGCUAUCUGCGACACGAGCCCCAUCAACGGUUCCUAUACCUGUUCCUGUGCAUCUGGAUAUAAGGGCUUAGAUUGCUCCGAGGACAUCGACGAGUGUGAACAAGGAUCUCCUUGUGAACACGAUGGUAUCUGUGUGAACACGCCGGGCUCUUUCGCUUGCAACUGUUCUGUGGGCUUCACUGGACCUCGUUGUGAGACCAAUGUCAACGAGUGUGAGAGCCACCCUUGUAGGAACGACGGCUCCUGUCUCGAUGAUCCCGGUACCUUCAGAUGUGUCUGUAUGCCUGGUUUCACGGGAACACAGUGCGAGGUGGAGAUAGAUGAGUGUGCUAACAACCCAUGUCUUAACGGCGGGGUCUGUCACGAUAUGAUAAACGCCUUUAGAUGUACCUGUGUCAUAGGAUUCACAGGUGCCCGUUGCCAAGUGAACAUCGACGACUGCGCCUCGAGCCCGUGUCGGAACGGCGGCACCUGCCACGAUUCGAUCGCGGGUUACACUUGCGAAUGUCCUCCGGGUUACACGGGAAUGUCGUGUGAAACAAACAUUAAUGACUGUCUGUCGGCGCCGUGUCAUCGCGGGGAGUGUAUCGAUGGUGACAACAGCUUCACUUGCAACUGUCACCCCGGGUACACAGGCCGGGUGUGUCAAACCCAGAUCAAUGAGUGCGAAUCAAAUCCUUGCCAGUUUGGAGGCCACUGUGAAGAUCUCAUCGAUGGGUACCAGUGUCGCUGUAAACCUGGAACAUCUGGACGCAAUUGUGAGAUCAACGUCAAUGAAUGCUACUCAAACCCUUGCAGGAAUGGGGCGACUUGCAUCGAUGGAAUUAACAGGUACACUUGCGAAUGCAUCCCGGGCUUCACUGGUCAACACUGUGAGACCAAUAUCAACGAAUGUCUGUCUAACCCUUGCGCCAAUGGUGGCAAAUGCAUCGAUCGCAUUAAUGGCUUCCGAUGCGAAUGCCCACGAGGAUAUUACGACGCUAGGUGCCUAUCGGAUGUGAACGAAUGCGCCUCGAACCCAUGCAUCAACGGUGGAACUUGUGAAGACGGCGUAAACCAAUUCAUCUGUCAUUGUUUGCCAGGAUAUGGAGGUCAGCGAUGCGAGCGUGAUAUCGACGAAUGUAGCUCGAACCCUUGUCAGCACGGUGGAACGUGUCAUGAUAGACUGAAUGCUUACAAGUGUGACUGUGUACUGGGAUUCACUGGUGUGAACUGCGAGACUAAUAUCGACGAUUGUGCGGGCAACCCUUGCUUGCAUGGAGGGUCGUGCAUUGAUCUCGUAAACGGAUACCGCUGUGUCUGCGAGCCUCCACACUCGGGACGUAACUGCGAAAACACCUUGGACCCCUGUCUGCCUAACCAAUGUCGUCACGGUGGCCGCUGCAUGGCGGAAGCGUCUUACGCGGAGUUCACUUGCCAAUGUCCUGUGGGUUGGACAGGAGCCUUAUGUGAGAGGGACGUGGAUGAAUGUGCGGUCACAGCGCCCUGUCAUAACGAAGCCACCUGUCUUAAUAAGGAAGGCUCCUACGCUUGUCUUUGUGCUAGAGGAUACGAAGGCAAAGACUGCGCAAUCAACACAGACGAUUGUGCUUCAUUCCCAUGCCAGAACGGUGCAACAUGUUUGGACAGUAUAGGUGACUACAACUGUGUGUGUGCGAGCGGGUUCGCCGGAAAACACUGUGAGGUUGACAUAGAUGAGUGUCAGUCACGACCCUGUAUGAACGGCGCUACAUGCAACCAGUACGUGGCCUCCUACACCUGCACUUGCCCAUUGGGUUUCUCCGGCAUAAACUGUCAGACUAACGACGAGGACUGCACCGAGUCCAGUUGUAUGAACGGCGGUACUUGUAUAGACGGCAUCAACUCCUACAACUGUUCCUGUCCGCCUGGGUACACUGGUUCUAACUGCCAGUUUCGUAUUAACAUGUGUGAUAGCUCGCCCUGUGAUAACGGCGCUACAUGUCAUGAUCAUGUUACUUUCUACACCUGCCACUGUCCUUACGGAUACACCGGGAAGCAUUGCGAGGCUUUUGUGGAUUGGUGUGAGAACAAUCCGUGCGAGAACGGCGCAACGUGUUCCCAGAAAGGCCCACAGUAUACAUGCACGUGUUCACCUGGCUGGUCGGGCAAGCUGUGUGAUGUAGAGAUGGUGUCUUGUAAAGACGCUAGUAUACGGAAAGGUGUAAAGUUAAAGCAGCUGUGUAACAACGGUUCUUGUGAGGACAUUGGCAACUCUCAUCGCUGUCAUUGUCUCGAUGGUUACACGGGUUCCUACUGCCAGAAGGAAAUCAACGAGUGUGACUCCGCCCCCUGCCAGAAUGGAGCCGUUUGUAAAGACCUCGUCGGUACCUACCAGUGUCAAUGUGCUAAAGGUUUCCAAGGACAAAACUGUGAACUUAACGUCAACGAUUGUCUGCCUAAUCCAUGUCAGAAUGGCGGAACAUGCCAUGAUCUCAUAAACAACUUCUCUUGUUCAUGUCCUUUCGGAACGCUCGGGAAAAUAUGUGAAAUUAACGUCAACGAUUGCAAACAAGACGCUUGUCAUAAUAACGGUACUUGUAUGGAUAAAGUUGGUGGUUUUGAAUGCAAGUGUCCUGCUGGCUUCGUAGGUCCUAGAUGUGAAGGUGACAUAAACGAAUGCUUAUCAAACCCGUGCUCGAACCCUGGCACUCAAGACUGUGUACAGCUAGUUAAUGAUUAUCAUUGUAACUGUAAGCCGGGCUACAUGGGUAGGCAUUGCGACGCUAAGGUAAACUUCUGUGCUAAUUCACCGUGUCAAAACGGCGGUAUUUGCACCGCUAUCCAAGGUGGACAUGAGUGUUUGUGUGGUGACGGAUUUUAUGGCAAAAACUGUGAAUAUUCGGGCUACGCGUGUGAUUCGAAUCCUUGUCAGAAUGGCGGGUACUGUCGAACAUCAGAAAUCGGUGACUAUGUUUGCGACUGUCCAUCCGGAUUAUCUGGUAUUAAUUGUGAAAUCGAUUCUAUGAAUGAAUGUCUUAGUAGCCCGUGUAAGCAUCCUGAAGCUCGUUGUAUUGAUAAACCUGGUGAUUUCCUCUGCUACUGCCCAAGACAAUGGACAGGUAAAAUCUGUGAAAUACACGAUCCUCAUUCAAGGGGUGGCUACGGAAGUCCCGUAUCUGGAGUAUAUGGCAAAAACCCUGCGUUAACACUGCAAGAACUAGACUUAGCAUUCCAAAGAGAACAAUGUGUAAAAUUAGGAUGCAAAGAAAAACAAUCGGACCACCAUUGUGACGAAGAAUGUAACACAUAUGCAUGCGACUUUGAUGGAAAUGAUUGUUCUCUUGGUAUCAAUCCAUGGGCGAAUUGUACCGCUCCAAUUAAAUGUUGGGAAGUUUUUAUGAACGGCGAAUGUAACGAAGUAUGUAAUACACAGGCUUGUUUAUUUGACGGUCGAGACUGCGAGAAAUCCCUGCAGAGAUGUAAUCCUGUAUAUGAUGCGUAUUGUCAAAAGCAUUAUGCCAAUGGUCAUUGUGACUACGGAUGCAAUAAUGCUGAGUGUAAUUGGGACGGUCUCGAUUGUGAAAAUGAGCCUCCCGAUUUAGCUGAAGGUGUUAUGUCUGUCAUAUUACUUAUGGACAUGCUUACGUUCAAAGAAAAUUCCGUAGCCUUUUUACGUGAUUUGGGCCAUCAACUACGGACUACCAUACUAAUAAAAAGAGAUCAUUUGGGCAAUGAAAUGGUAUUUCCCUGGAAGGGUUCGACAGACGUAGGUCUCCAAGAUACUGAAUUUGGAAAGAAACACCACAUAGUCUAUACAGAGAGAGGUCAAUCUGGAGUUCAAGUUUAUUUGGAAAUUGAUAACAGAAAAUGUACUACCAUGUCUGGUUCCGAAUGUUUCUUCUCAGCUAGAGAAGCAGCUGAGUUCUUGGCAGCAACAGCGUCAAAACAUUCACUAUCUCCAGACUUCCCCAUUUUCCAAGUAAAAGGUGUCAAUACUCCGGAAAAUGAACCAUUACCAACAAACUCUAAAUAUGUUUUUAUUGGUGUAAUUAUGAUUCUUUUACUGGGUCUUCUUAUUGGAGUACUUGUCACGGCACAAAGAAAACGUGCCGCUGGUAUAACAUGGUUCCCAGAAGGAUUUAUUCGCAACAACUCUUCAACCCGACGUCGUUCUAGACGAAGAGGACCUGAUGGGCAAGAAAUGAGGAAUUUGAACAAAGCUUCGAUAGGAUGUAUAGAUGUUGAUAUCAAUGGUGGUCACAUGGGUCCGCCUCACUGGUCCGAUGAGGAUGACGAUGGUUCAGCUCCUCCCAGAGCCAAGAGAGCCCGUGGUCCUGGAGACACGAAUGGAGCACCAGGAGGCUACGCUUCGGACCAUACAGCGAUUACUGACUAUGAAGAAGCUGGCCAUGAACCUAGAGUAUGGACGCAACAACAUUUAGAUGCGGCAGAUAUUAGAGUGCCGCCUAGUAUGAUGACACCACCUGCUAUCCACGACGGUCAUGUAGACGUGAACGCUCGCGGUCCACUUGGUAUGACGCCUCUCAUGGUGGCGGCCAUACGAGGUGGAGGUUUGGACACUGGCUCGGACGUGGAAGACGAACAAACUGCUCAUAUCAUAUCCGAGUUGGUAGCCCAAGGAGCUCAACUUAAUGCUGCUAUGGACAAGACUGGGGAAACUAGCUUACACUUGGCUGCCAGGUACGCUCGUGCGGACGCCGCCAAACGUCUAUUAGACGCAGGGGCUGAUGCAAAUUCUCAAGACAAUACUGGAAGAACGCCGCUGCAUUCCGCUGUGGCUGCGGACGCCAUGGGAGUGUUCCAGAUCCUGUUGAGGAACAGGGCCACUAACCUGAACGCAAGGAUGCAUGAUGGCACCACUCCAUUAAUAUUGGCUGCUAGGUUGGCCAUCGAAGGUAUGGUUGAAGACUUGAUUAACGCGGAUGCGGACAUCAAUGCUGCCGACAACAGUGGUAAGACAGCGCUUCACUGGGCCGCUGCUGUCAACAACGUGGAUGCAGUCAACGUGCUGUUAGUCCAUGGGGCUAAUAGAGACGCUCAAGAUGACAAGGACGAGACUCCUCUAUUCCUUGGUGCGCGCGAGGGUUCGUACGGCGCGUGCAAGGCGUUGUUGGAUGCGAUGGCCAACCGCGAGAUCACCGACCACAUGGACCGUCUCCCGCGGGACGUGGCUCAAGAACGGAUGCACGACGACAUCGUCAGACUCCUCGACGAACACUGCCCGCGACCUCCACAACACCACCACUUGAUGGCGUCUCCGAACCCUCAUCCUCAGCUCAUCAGCCAGCCCACAGUCAUCGCAGGGAAGGGAAAGAAAAAACCAAGAGCGAAGCCCGGUCCGGACAGCCCUCAGGAGCAAUAUGACUCCACCAUGCAACCUUCGCAGAUACGACGGAAACCAAGUGUAAAAAAGAACAACAAGAAAGUGGCUCAAGAGGUGCCGCAGAGCGUCGAGAGUUUGGGAUUCAGUCUGAGCCCCGUGGAAUCACCGCUGCAAAAUUUACAGGACCUUCCGUCUCCGUACGACGCGACAUCUUUAUACUCCAACGCGAUGGCGCAGUUCCCGCCCGUGGAGCAGCUCGUGCACAAACAGCCGCCCAGCUACGAUGACUGCGUCAAGGUAUAUACACAUACGGGUCAAUCUCUUCAGUACGGGGGCGCAGGCUUGGGAGCCUCUCUGUCACCGCCCUACUCCAACCACUCACCAACACACAGCAAUCAAACGACGUCUCCGCACGCUUAUAUAGGUUCCCCCUCCCCCGGCAAGUCCCGGCCGUCUCUGCCAACAUCACCAGCCCACAUGGCGGCGCUGCGUCAUCACCACCUCGACGCAAACGCAUACUCCGCUCUUGCGCAUCUGAGUGCGAACGGUCAACACAACGCCCAACUACAGGCGGUGAUGACUCACGCGGCGGCUCUAGGACACGUGCAGGGAGCGCAGCAUCCCGCCAUCACCAACAUCAUGUCCGGUCUAUACGGCAGCUGGGGUAUGGGUGACACGUUCCCGACCCCGUCCCCCGAGUCCCCCGACCACUGGUCCUCGCCGUCCCCGCAGACCCCGCUCACUCAGUCACCCCACUCAGACUGGUCGGACCGCGCCGCUCUCUCCCCCAACGACCUGCAACAAACAAACAAAGGCGCGACCGACGCCUUCUAUAUAUAA